GCUUUUGUGAAACAAAGGGAAUGCUUGCGUCACAAUCAGGGUGGCGUUUACCGGUUGAUCCCUUGGUUGAUUCUCCAAGAAAUGGCUCAUCGGCUUUAGGCUUGAUAAGGAACGACAUUAGGAGCAACAUGGAUCUUGGCUGUCCAAGUACCGCGCGAUAUGGGAAUGGCAUAGUGCCACUGACAGCCUCCGCCCUUCGUGCCUGUGAAGCUCGUACGUUUUUUGUUUGCCUGAGUUUCUUGGGGCGGCAUAUUCCGCUGGACUUGAUUGUCUUUCACUCUCAUGCCUCUCAUCUUUUGGGCUUAGUAUCCAGAUGCAGUAUGCCCCAUAAAUUUGUUGACAUGCGGUGACACACAGCGCAGACACCGAAUGGCACAAGAGUCUAAAACAUUGCUCAUGGGCGGGACAAGCAUGACGCCGCAUGGUUUCCUAUAGCUCUCUGGCAUUACGGGAGAUCCCCAAAGAGUCACUGAUCCCUUUGCAUCCCGUUGGCACCUAUCCAGUGUACUAUUAUAGACUGUGGGAUGCGCCUUUGGCAUGACGUUUGGUGUAUCUUGCGUGGCUUGGUAUGCAGUGGAUCAAUCCGACACGACACCUUAAACCAUCUACUUCGGCGCUCCCGCCCUCGGCCCGCAUAUAUUCUGGUCUUGCCGGUUGUGCUUCUUUGUUUCCCUGGACAUCCUGCUGAUCGCAUGUACGACUAUGUCAAGCAAAUCUGCUCUGCGCUAUUUGUCACUAUUUAAAUCAGGGGCUCAAAAGUGAUGCCAUGCUACCGGUUUUGUCCACUGGCAAGUCCAGGGUUGUCUAGCCAUACGAUGAACUCAAUCAGUCUUUAGAAAGUUUGGUGGACAAGGGGACAAGAGGCCACAUGUGAUGUGACUCUGUUACCUCGCUUGCAAGGUCAUAUGCCUAGCCCCUAGUGUCUUAUCGGUUGCGGUA